CUUUGCUACAGAUGCAGGAAGGGGGUGGGAAAGUGACUCGAGCUUCUUCCAGUUCGUGGGCUAAAAAGGCAUCAGGCAAAAACGAGACAGGAAGCUCGUCUUUGUAGAAAAUAGAGUUGACUGGAAUAGCUGAAGCUGCCAUGAGAUACAUCUGUACUGCAGUAUUUGUUUUCACACUGGCAUCUCGAAUGGUGGUUGCCACAUUAUCAAAGACAGAUACAAAAAAGGCUGCCUCAAAAAUACUGGAGGAAAAGACUCAGCAUUCAGAUAAAACAGUGCAAGACCGUGGUCUCGUAGUUACUGACUCAAAGGCUAAAGAUACUAUACUGGAACACAAGAGCUACUGUGCCAGAAAAGCACGAGAGCGAUACUUCUUAGGAGAUGUUCUGGGAUAUAUUACACCUUGGAACAGCCACGGCUAUGACGUUGCUAAAAUCUUUGGAAACAAAUUUACAAUUAUCUCACCAGUCUGGCUGCAAGUGAAAAGAAGGGGCAAGGAAAAAUUCCAGUUCACAGGACUCCAUGAUGCUGAUCAAGGCUGGAUGAAAGAAGUCAAGAAGAAUGCCAAAAAUAUCAAAAUAGUGCCAAGGGUUUUGUUUGAAAGUUGGACUUACCAGGACUUUGAGAGUGUGUUUGGCAGUGAAGAUGAAAUAGAAGAGCUUUCCAAUACUAUGGUUCAAGUGGCCAAGAAUGAAAAUUUUGAUGGCUUUGUGGCUGAAGUUUGGAGCCAGCUAGGAAAUCAAAAGCAGACGGGUCUGAUUCAUUUGCUCACUCACCUCUCAGAAGCACUGCAUCGGGCCCGACUUGCACUAAUACUUGUCAUCCCUCCUGCUGUCAUGCCAGGAACCAACCAGUUGGGAAUGUUCACAAAGAAAGAAUUUGAUCAACUAGCACCAGUAGUGGACAGCUUCAGCCUUAUGACAUAUGAUUAUUCAGCACCACAACGGCCUGGUCCUAAUUCCCCUCUGCCCUGGAUGCGAGCCUGUGUUCAAAUGUUGGAUCCUGAAUCAAAAUGGAGAAGUAAAAUUCUUCUGGGGCUGAAUUUUUAUGGCAUGGACUACUCAGCACUAGGUGCUUCCGGAGAACCAAUAAUUGGUAACAGGUAUAUAGACAUUUUGAAGAAGUAUAAACCUAAACUGGUUUGGGAUGAACAAAUAGCUGAACAUUAUUUUGAAUACAAAAAAAGUAAAGGGGGCAAGCAUGCAGCCUUCUACCCUACGUUAAAGUCCAUUCAACUACGGUUAGACCUCGCUAAAGAACUGGGCACAGGAAUAGCCAUCUGGGAGCUGGGUCAAGGGCUGGAUUAUUUUUAUGACCUGCUGUAAAAUAAGACAUGUUAUUUUCUUAAUUGACAUUGUAUCUUAAUUGCAGAUAGUUGAGGGGGGUAAUUUAAAUGGAAUUUAAAACUUCCCAAUAAAGAUGUGGUUCAGAAAUACUGUGCUACUUGUAGUGCGUGGAGAUGAGUAAUUAUAAAGCUGGGGGAGCCAACUGUGAGAGAAGGUGAGUGCUCUUUAUUGUGUUCAUUUUUGUAACAUUUGUAGCUACACUGACUGUAAAUCAUGCAACCAAAUCCCAUGUGUCCUAACUCAGAGAAAAAUCCUAUGGAGUUCAGUGGGUCUGUUAGGUCAGACCCCUCCUCACUGAUAUGAGAGCAUUUUAUAGAUGUAAAAUCAUAAACACCCCUUCCUCAUGUAUCAUAAGUUCAAGGCUGGCCCCGCCCAGAGCAGAUGUCAGUCAGUCAGGUGAGAGCCUCAGAAAUUACCAGAGUGUGAGUGAGAGUGGCUGGCUGACUGAUGCCCCUCCAUGCCCCAGAGAGAGAUGCAUAGCUUCCAGAGAAGCUCCUGACUUAUCAAUGCCCAAUCUCACUUCCCCACACCUACUUACCAUAAUCAAAGCUAUUCAGCAAACCUGGUAGCUUUUCACAUUUGGUAUUCAAAGGGUCAUCAAGCACCAUUUUCACCUAUAGUCCACCUCAGAUAAGACCCAUCAAACCUCUCCCAACUUACUGCCCAACUUCCAGACAACCCAUUAAGUUAUUGUUUGGAGGGCAAAGACAUCAGCUUUCCCCAGGGAGCUUUUUGCCCUGUAACUGGACUCCCUAUGUGUGUUCUGGAUCUGUCCACAUACUCCCAAAUCCAUUUAGGUCUCUCUUUUCUUUGUGAAACCCUGGUCAUUUUGCUGCCAUCUCCGUGAACCUCUAUCUUCAAGACUGGUAACUAUUGCCUUGUGCGUGCGCUGUGUGUGAUUUCUGUGCAUUUGCCCUUUUAUUUCUCUUUAAUAAAAAAAUAA